UUCACCAACACAGUAUUUUGUAUUGGAAAAUUGAAGCUUCCAUCAUGUCAUUUCCUCUCCUUGCUCCGGCUCCCAGCUGCAAUUUCAUCACGACACAUUGCCACAGCAUCUCGAAUAAAUCAAACGUCAAGAGAUCCAUUGUUGUCCAAGCGAGAAAAUUUGUUGCCACGGCUCAAGGUUUUGAUCAAAAAAUAGAUAGAAGAUCUGCCGAUUAUCAUCUUUCGAUUUGGAAAGAUAAUUAUAUUCAAUCGCUUAAGAGUGAAUAUUUGGGGAAAUCAUGUUAUGAACGAGCAAAUAAACUAGUAGGAGAAGUGAGAAUGAUGCUUGACAAAGAGAUCAAUCCUUUGGAGCAACUUGAGCUAAUCGAUACCUUGCAAAGACUUGGAUUAUCUUAUCACUUUGAAAAUGAAAUCAAGACAAUUUUGGAUAGUGUAAGUGCUGAUCACAUCGAUGUUGCAUGGAAGAAAGAUAACUUAUAUGCUACAGCAAUUGAAUUUAGGCUCCUAAGGCAGCACGGCUAUAAAGUAACUCAAGAGGUUUUCUCUACUUUCACGGACGAGAAGGGGAACUUUAAGGCAAGUCUUUGUGAGGAUUGCAAAGGGCUGCUUAACUUGUAUGAAGCUUCAUACCAUUUGGUAGAGGGUGAAAGCAUGUUGGAGAAGGCAAGAGAUUUCGCAGCUAAACGUCUCAAGGAAUAUCUGAAGCAGAACAAAGAUCCAUACCUUUCCUUACUUGUGGAGCAUGCUUUGGAACUUCCGCUGCAUUGGAGGAUGCCCAGGUUCGAAGCCAGGUUUUUCAUAGAUGUGUAUGAGGGACGAGAGGACAGAAAUCCCAUUCUUUUGGAGCUUGCUAAGUUGGAUUUCAAUAUGGUGCAAGCUGCGCACCAGGAUGAUCUAAAAUAUGCUUCGAAGUGGUGGAGGGAUUUAGGAAUAGGCAAAAAGUUAACCUUUGCCAGAGACAGGUCGAUGGAGAACUUUUUAUGGACUGUGGGCGAGGCAUCUGAUCCUCAGUUUGGGUAUUUUAGAAGAACUGAGACAAAGAUUAAUACAUUCAUAGCAACUAUAGAUGAUGUUUAUGAUGUGCAUGGUACCUUGGAUGAGUUAGAGCUCUUCACUGAAGCUGUUGACAGAUGGGAUACCAAUGCAAUGCAGCUGCUUCCAGAAUAUAUGCAGAUAUGUUUCCUUGCUCUUUACAAUUUCGUAAACGAAAUGGCUUUUGACGUUCUUAAGGAUAAAGGAUUUGACACCAUUCCUUUCCUGACGAAAGCGUGGGCAGACAUGUGUAAAUCAUUUUUACUGGAGGCAAAGUGGUAUUACAGUGGAUAUACACCUACCCUGCGGGAGUACAUUGAUAAUGCGUGGAUUUCAGUUACAGCUCCUGUAAUCCUAUCACAUGCUUAUGUGUUAACAAAUUUAGAGACAAAUGAGUGCUUCGAAUCCUUCGAAGAAUACUCCAACAUAAUCUACUGUUCGUCUAUAAUUUUUCGACUUGUUAAUGAUCUUGCAACAUCAUCGGAUGAAUUAAAACGAGGUGAUGUUCCUAAAUCAAUUCAAUGUUAUAUGCACGAAACUGGAGUUUCGGAAGAAGAAGCUCGACGACACAUAUGGAAUUUGAUUGAUGCAACAUGGAGAAGGAUGAACGAAGAGCAAAUUGUUGGCUCUCGUUUUCCUCGACCAUUUAUUCAGAUUGCUGUGAACCUCGCAAGGACUGCUCAAUUCAUGUACCAGCACCAUGAUGGCUAUGGGGUUGAAGAUGGUGAGACCAAGGAACGUGUCCUAUCACUAUUCGUGAAUCCAAUUCCAUUGAGGUGAAGUCAUCAAAAUAUAGAACUUAGAAGGUGAUAUUAGUAUUUUUUUUACUAAAUUUUUUUUUUAUUAAUUUUACCAAUGUAACUAUAAACUUUAAAUGAGUCAUUAUAUUUUGAUUUGUACUCGAAUGAAUCUUUAAUUUCAAUUAAAGAUUAACCAUCCUCGAACCUAAUAUCAAUUAAUAUUUUCUCUUCA